UCCAGGCAGUUGCAGCAGCAGCAAGCAGAGUUGGGGGGAGGAGGGAGAGAUGGUCUGUACGAGGCAGGACAGGUUACACUUCCACAGAUGCCUGUCCAGGCCGUGACCGCAGCUGGAACUGACCACAGUAAGACCAUGGACAAGGCAGAGAUGCACCCCUCCAUGUACCCCAACCCAGACCAGGCCAAGUUCCUGCCCUCCACCUCUGCCCCCGGAGUACCCAUCUACCCUCAGGACAACAACAACUACACCACUGCCAACCGCUCCAACGACACAUACAGCAGGUCAGUAGGGAUGGCCCCUCAGAUGGUGCAGYCAUCCCACUCCGCAGGCCAGAUGCUGGCUCAGAUGUCCCGUCAGAACGGGGCACCCCCCUCCAACAGCAGCCCCCUACAGGGAGGGGCAGCGGUGGGCUGGCCGGGGCCAGCGGCGGGGGCUAGACCCCUCUUCAACAACCAGGUGGYGCCCCAGGCAGGGAAGGCCCUGUCUCCCCAGUUUGCCAUGGGGAGUUUUGUGGGGGGCUCUUCCUCCUCAUUUGGGGUGAUGCCCACCACUGCCGCUCCGACCCCCACCACGGGGGCUAACUACCCAAAUAUCAACCCCCGCGCCAGCCUCAAUACCAACGGAUAUGAUGGCUUGGGGUCGGGGCAGCAGUUUCCCUCCAGGGCAGCGGAGGCAGGUGGCCCAGUGGCAGGGCCAGCAGCAAGUCAGAACAGCGCAGAGCAGCACCCCCACGCACAGAACAACCAGCCUGACAUCUUCCCUGAUGUUCUCGCCAUGCUGGACCAGCCGGCCAACUCAACAACGAUGACUUUGAGAUUCCCAUCUACCCCUCUUCGAGAGUGA